AUGAAAGUUUACUCCGUCCUUGGUAACAAGAAGAAAGUGACUAUGGAGUCGAAUCCUACUCGUCUGAAAGUGGUUGGAAAUAACUGCAUAGUGAGAGUGGCGAAAAAUCAAGGAGAAAUUGAAGUUAUCGGAAAUGAUUGUAAAGUGGAAGUGGUUGAUAAUAUGGGGAAUAUUAGCGUCGUAGGCAAUGGAGGCAAUGUUAUGAUUGGCAAGAGAUGGAAAGGCGAUAGAGUGUCUUUAGUCGGACCUAACUGUCAUCUUAUGGUGAAUGGAAAGGACAAAACGCCUCCCACUUACGAAGCCCAACUCUCGCCGUUCAGCAAAGACCUGGAUGACGUCAUCGAAUCCAUCUUCUCAUUUGUGAUGCGAUGA